AUGAAGCUCGUGAGAUUCUUGAUGAAGUGCGCCAGCGAGACGGUGACGAUUGAGCUCAAGAAUGGCACCAUUGUCCACGGCACCAUUGCGUCCGUCUCCCCCCAGAUGAACACGUCUCUCCGCAACGUCAAGAUGACGGCCAAGGGUCAGAGCCCCAUCUCUCUCGACUCGAUGAACAUUCGCGGCUCGACCAUCCGAUACUUUAUCCUCCCCGACUCGCUCCCCCUCGACACGCUACUGAUCGACGACGCCCCCAAGCCCAAGAACAAGGCCCGCAAGGAGGCCGAUCGGGGAGGACGUGGGCGCGGCAGAGGAGGCGGCAGAGGUCGCGGUCGCGGGCGUGGUCGUGGACGAGGCUAG